AUGAGCACGAUGAUUAUUGGUGCUGUUUGUUUAUUCGGUGCAUUUCUAUACGCGAAUGCCGAUCCGGAGCUGAUAAAUGCGCAAGUGAUUUUCCGACACGGCGACCGUACCCCAAUGUUCUUCUCAAAAUCCAACCCCUACACAAAUGAUGACUGGAAGGCGCCGCCAGGAUCAUUAACUAGGGAAGGCGUCCAACAGCAAUACAAAACUGGGUUGAAGUUGAAGUCGCGAUAUAUCGAUAAGUAUCGGCUGGUGUCGAAGGAUUAUAAUCCUUAUGAGGUCCUUGUCCGCGCUGCAAUGGAUGAUCGUUGUAUGAUGUCGGCAACGGCAAAUCUGGCUGGAUUUUAUAGUGGAUCAGAGACGUUAGAGGGCUGGCCUUUCAACUGGAUGCCGAUCCCAGUCCACACUGGCUCAUUUCCGGAUCGAGUAUUCGAGCCCGGCCAGGCUUGCCCCCUCCUAAAAGCCAUCAGAGCCGUCAAGGAGGAGCACGAGACGUUCAAAGAGUUCGCCCUGGAGCACGAGAGUCUUCUCGACGAAUUCGUGCAGAACACCGGCGAAUCCUGGAAGCUGAUGCGAGAAAUUAAUGGGUUCCUGGAUACGCAGAUUUGCAGGCUUGCUCACAACCUCUCGCUCCCCGACUGGCUGACCCCAGAGAAGUUGAUGGAAGGCAGGAUGGCCACAAACCGACACUACGACUAUAUUUGGGGCCACAACCUUGACGGGAACAGUGAUGACAAAAUCGUUCGUCUCCGCGCCGGUCCUAUCAUGGAGGUGUUGACUUCAAACUUCACCGAGGCUUCAAAGUACAAAUACUACGUGUACUCGGCGCACGACUCCUCCCUGCUAGCCAUCAUGUCGGCGCUAGGCAAGAAUACACAAUACGAAAUUCUGGGCAAUCACUGGCCGCAGUACGCCUCAACUAUCGUUUUCGAGUUGUGGAAGAUGGACGAAGGGGAUCUGAGGGUUAAGAUGCUCUUUUCGGCGAAUGCCGACGACAAAUUCCACGACUUUUCGAGCGCCAUCGACGGGUGCCCCGAGCGCGAGAUGUGUCCGGCAAAGACGAUCAUCGCAAGAACUCGCAAAUAUAUACCAAAGAAUAUCGAAAUGGAAUGUGCUCUCAAAACCAAAACAAAGGCGUCGAUGCACAAGGAGAAACUGGAGUCCUCA